UCAUCUUUUUGUUUCUUUACUGUCUUAAGCCACGAAUCUCGUAUAUCGAGCGGGGCGAGCGGGGGACAGAUACCGGCACAAACUUGUUCACAUUACUCCGGGCCCGGUCGUUCUACCGGCAAUUCGUAGUGACAAAACGUUCGGUAGAAAUGCCGGGCUCGGCAAAAAUGCCGGACCCGGGAUAAUGUGAAUAGCUUCAUAUAAAUUGUACAGCCACUAGCUCUUCCGGCAGAUUUACCGGCGCGGCAGAUCUGCCGGUCCGGCGUAGUGGGAACCCGGCCAUAGUCACAAAAGCAAUCGACGAUUCAUUGUUUUGUUACGAUGAUUACUACAAUGUACAUUUGACCGGUUAUUAAGUUGACUUUCUUUGAGUCUUCUUAAAUUAACAGAAGGUGAAAUUACUGUGUAACUCAUUCUCCAGCUUUUCGUUAUUUGUCACACCAACUGUGACUUUACGGUUGUAGGAAAACUUACGGUUUGGCGGAUCGCUGGAUCUUCACCUUCAGUUAAAGAUAAAUAUUAUCACAUGCUUCUUAACACGUUUUUUCGUGCGCCGGCCGGCUUCUUCGCAAGAUGGUAGAUAUACUUCUUCCUUUGCGGUUUGUAUAUUGUAAGUUUGUAAGAUAGGUUUAGGCGAUCAGCGGAUAUGGAGUUUCAAGUGAAAAAAGGAUAAUUUGCGGUUUAAUCUGAUAUAGGUUAUUGAACUUGUGUAGGUGUCGCGAAAGUGAAUUAAGUUUCAUAGACUAAAUGUCAAACUAUUUUUUUUAUGGACUCGUGGUCGAGGUGUUUUGAUGUUAAGAAUCUUACAACGGUGGUGAGAGAAAAUUGAAUCUCUCUUCUUGACGUAACUCCUAAAACAAAAUGCAAUUGUUUAGAUAAUGUAUCUAGUGUGGGGAAAAUCGUAACCAUUGCUCGACCAGCCUAUGAGCAAUGCGGCUUUUGGGCCUCUGGAGAGUGAGUCAAAUAAAUAACAUCUACUAUUUUGUUCAAUUACUGCCUCAGGUACUCAAUUUUCGAGAUAACAAUUCGAGAUAAAACUCCUGGCCUCUGAAACAUAUUUCCAAGUCCAGCUUAGUUACUUAUGAAAUAUCCACUAAGGCUGUGUCCCCAGUAAGCAAACUGUCAGCGGCCGACUGAGUGAGCCGCAAAUUUGCAGCGAACUGAAAUUUGAGUUAGCUGCAGACUCAAAUCAAUUUUCGUGCGUCGCAAGCAAACUUGAGAGAGUUAGCCGCUUAUUUAGCCGACCGACUUAAUUAUCACUUUACUUUUGUUGUACGAAGGGAGUGGUUGUGUUGGUCACGAUGGAUAUUUUUGAAGUAAUUGGUAUCUUAGAAGCGCUGAAAGAGGAUAAAAGGAAGCACUGGGUUCACCCAUUAUACAAGAAAAGGUUGAGCAUUGGACAAUUUCACACUCUUUAUCCAGAACUAAGGAAACAUCCAGAAAAAUUUUACGACUAUUUCAAUAUGACUUCUCAUACAUUUGAUGAAUUGCUUAAAUCUAUAACCCAGUACAUAGCUAAAAAUAAUAUCACAAGAGAUACAUUAUGUCCCGAAGAACGGCUUACUAUAACUUUGAGAUUCUUGUCAAGUGGACUAAGUUACAGAAAAAUUGCACAAGAGUUUCUUGUUGGAAAAUCGACGGUAUCGAAAAUAAUAAGUGAAACUGCAUGCAUUAUAUGGGAUAUUUUACAGCCACAGGAAAUGCCGGAACCUUCUGAAGAAUUGUGGCUAGAAAUAGCAAAACGAUAUUAUAAAAAAACCAACUAUCCUAAUUGUAUAGGAUCUAUCGAUGGCAAGCAUAUCCGUAUUAGAAAACCACCAAAAAGUGGGUCUAACUAUUUUAAUUAUAAGAAGUUCUUCUCAAUUGUUCUGUUAGCCGUAGCAGAUGCAAACUGUUCUUUUAUAGCUAUUGAUGUAGGUGCUUGCGGACGAAAUGCUGACAGUAAUAUAUUUAAAGAAAGUGGUUUUGGCAAAAAAUUGGCGUGUGGGUCUCUGAAGAUUCCUAACUCAACUAAAUUGCCUAAUUCAAAUGGAUUGCCCCAACCUUUCGUGUUUCUUGGAGAUGAGGCAUUUGGAUUACAAAAGCAUAUCUUGAGGCCUUUUCCUAAUAAAAGUUUAAAUAAGGAAGAGCGAAUUUACAAUUAUCGUCAUAGUCGAGCUAGGAGAUGCGUGGAAUGUGCAUUCGGCAUCCUAACAAGCAAAUGGAGAGUUCUGCAUACACCGAUCGCUACUAAUGUGAAUACAACCAUCGCUAUCGUAAAAGCCGUUUGUAUUUUACAUAAUUUUGUCAUAGCAAGAGAACAAGCACAAUAUGCACAUAUUUCGCGACGUACCUCAACAACUCUUACAAGUUCAAGGAGCCAAAUUAUUACUGUAUCAAAUUCUGGAAAAACAACAAGAGAAAACUUUAAAAACUAUUUUCUUAACGAAGGAAAGCUAUCCUGGCAAGAGAAAUAUUUGUAAGUUGUAGCUACAGGAAGAAAUAGUGUAACGGAGUGUGUAAAGCCGUAAAUACUAUGUAAAUUAUGAUACUUUGUUUUAUGUAGUGAGUGAUACAAGUAUAUUGUUGAAUAAAUAAUAAAUUCAUUAGAAUGGAA